UUUAAUACUCACAAAAUAAGAAAAAAUGACACCAUUACACUUAUAUCAUUGAAACCUUUUCCGAUCGAACAUAUCACUAUAUCUUUAUAAAUAGAACUAAAUGUUCUUUUAACCUUCAUUUAGAACCUAAAGCUCGAAGCUCUUUUCCUUUCCUUGAAUGGAGACAGGAAAAGCGCAGUUAUCGGUCAUCAAGGCAUGGAAGGAAGAGAAGAUAACAAAGGUCACUAGCAAGACUCAGAAGAGGCUCCAUGAGAUUUCAGGAUGGGAGAAUAAGAAAACAAGAAAGAUCGAAUCUCAACUCGCUAGUGUCCAACGGAAGAUGGAUAGUGAGAAAAUGGAGGAAACAGAGAAACUGAGGAGCAAGAAAGCAGCAGUUCAUGCAAAAGCACAAGAGAAGAAAGCGAAGGUUCAAACUAGACGCGCUCAAGAGAUUCUCCAUGCCGAAGAAGAAGCUGCUAGGCUUCAAGCCACUGGACAGAUUCCCAACAAGUCAUCUUGCGGCUGCUUCUGAUAUAACUGUGUUACAUAUUACUACGACCCAUCUUCCCCACUCCUAUGUCAUACUUGUAUAAUUUAUGUGUGAUUUUGCUUGUGUUUUUCAUGGAGAGUGCUAAAAUAAUUGUCCACAUAACACACACAUGUGUACGAAACGAUGCAAAGACUUAUUAUUGAAGUUGAAAAGCUGAAAACAGGAUAUUAAAGACU